CUAUCUUACGCCCACGCCGAAUUACCUGGGAGGAGUAGGUUCCCAUUCUUGCCACAGCUUCCUUGCCCUUCGGUAGGAAUUGCAUUGAAUUAUUUAUUAGCACCAAACAGGGUUUAUUCUAACUGCUUUUUGAAGGAUUCCUAAAAGUUAUUAAAUAGGAGUGUCAUGUUCGGGGUCGCUCAGUCAAUUCUUCGCUCCUCAAGCGCAAUGGUUGCUCUUCAAGCAGACAGACAGUCUAUAGGCGACUAUGAGGAAUCAGAAAUUCAGACACUUUUCCAAGGUGGAAAAGUUCUUAUUACUGGAGCAACAGGUUUUUUAGGUAAAGUACUGAUGGAGUCAUUGCUUAGAAAAACGAGCACUGAGAAAAUCUUUAUUCUGAUUAGAUCCAAAAGAAAUAAGACAACUGAAGAGAGGAUGAAAGAAAUGCUCAAUGACAAGGUUUUUCAGAAACUUAAAAGUGAAAAUCCUGCCAGAAUGUCUGCUAUCAACUUAAUAAGUGGUGAUUGUUCCUCACCAGGACUUGGCCUGAGUAAUGCUGAUAAAGAAAUGCUUCUCAAUGAAGUGAAUAUUAUAUUUCAUGGAGCUGCAACUGUGCGAUUCAAUGAAAACUUAAAAACGGCCACUGGAACAAACGUUGCUGCUUCACAAAUGAUCCUUGAUUUAGCCAGACAGAUGAAAAAUCUUAGAGUGGUAAUGCACGUUUCAACAGCUUAUUCAAAUUCGCAAUUUGAUGAAAUUGUAGAAAAAGUUUAUCCAGUUCAUGAAGAAUUUAACUUGAUUCAGUUGGCAAAUUCGAUUGAUAAAGAUACAGCUUCAAAAAUUACAAAAAAUGUUAUUGGUGAUUCUCCUAAUACUUAUGUCUUUACAAAAAGAAUAACUGAGGAUAUGAUACAGCGGAAGUAUUCUGAUCUCCCUGUUGGGAUCUUCAGACCUGCUAUUGUCAUUGGGGCUAAGGAAGAACCAUCUCCGGGUUAUGUAGAUAAUCUUUAUGGGCCAACAGGCCUGGCUAUUGGUAUCAUGAGUGGUGUAGUUCAUUGCCUUUUAAUAGGAACAGAUGCUAACGCUGACUUGGUACCAGUAGAUUAUACUGUAAACUGUCUCAUUGCUUCAGCAUGGGAAACUUAUACAAGAUUUGUGACAGAUCGUCCAUACACCAAUAUCCCUGUUUACAACUUUGUACCUUAUCCAAAGUCUCCUAUUACAUGGGGCCAGUUCACUGACCAAAUCGUUGAAAGUGGCAGGAAAGGAGCACCGGACAAUUCCAUUUGGCAUUCUUUCAUAUUUAGAGUAAAAUCUUUGUGGCUCUACAGGCUCAUUACAGCAAUAUUUCAUUUCCUUCCAGCGUGGAUAGGAGAUACAAUAAUGAAAGUUCUUGGAAAGAAACCUAGAUGGAAAAAUAUUUAUGAAAGAACAGAUGAAGUUAUGAUUGUCCUAAGACCUUUCUGCACUAGAAGUUUCCGUUUUAGUAAUGAAAAUGUGCAGGAUCUGUGGAGAAGACUGAACAAAAAGGACAAACAGUUGUUUCCCUUCAGCCUUCAAAAUUUUGAUUGGAGAAAUUACUUUGAUAUUUAUCUUCAGGGUGUAAAAAUUUACAUGAUGAAGGAGAAAAUAGACCCUAAGGCUGCUGAACAACGAUCUAAAAGAUUCCGCUUCUUUCAUUACACCCUCAUUUUCUCAAUGAUAUCAUUUUGGAGUGGAAUAAUUUUUGUGAUCAAUAAAUUUUAUCUACAGUUCAACAAAAGUGUUUAAUGUCGUCCUAAUGGUAUUGAUGUAUUUGAAAAUGCACAAAUAGUUAAUCAUACCAUUCAUGAAAUAUACAUAUGUAUGUCUUAUUUAUAUUAUAUAUUUAUUAUGUUUACUGUUAUCUUUAGUGUAAUUUAUUUACUUAUGAUUAAAAUUAAUUUUAUGUUUUAGAAUGUCUAUUAUUAAAUAUGGUAAAAAGAAAUAUUUUACUGUGUAAAUGCAAAAUAGUAACUUGCUAGUCAAUUAUUAAAGAUAAAUAAAUAGAACUUUUAGUUUUAAUUUUAAUUUAUUUGUUUUUAUAAAUAUAAUUGACUUAAGAAAAAUGGGUAUUGAUGAAUGUGGAAUGUAAUCAGAUGUUAUUAAUGUAUAUCUUCUACAUUUUAUGUAAUUCAUUUGCUUAAGUAACAAAAUAUCAUAUCUAUUUUUAAAAAGAACUGAGGUUACUGAAAUAUAUGGUAUAUCUUAUGUAACUUAAACAAAUAUUUAAGAAUAGAUUUGAGUACUCUUUGAAUAAAUGUUAAUUGAUUGAUCAUUUAAAUAAAAAAUGUAUUCAUUAUUUCUUUA